AUGGGUCGAUACCGACCGCCAUCCUCCGAUCCCCGUCGAGACCCCUUUAACGCUACACAUCCACUCGGAGCUCGAGCACGCAAGAUCUCCUCCGGGAUUCUGGUCGUACGCUUCGCACUGCCGUUCCACAUCUACUGUCUCGGCUGCAACACGCACCUCGCUCAAGGCCGACGAUUCAACGCGGAGAAAUCGCACGUCGACGACUACCUCAGCAUCAAAAUCUACGCGUUCAGAUGCAAGUGUCCCUGUGGCGCGUGGAUUGAGAUCCGCACCGACCCCCAGCACGCCUGCUACGUCGUUCACGCAGGUGCGAGGAAGCAGAUCCAAGACUGGGAUCCACUCCAACACGGUGGCCAUGCGAUCUACGAUACCGAAGCCAAGAAAGACGAGGGAGAUGCUUUUGCAAAGGUGCAAGGUGAAGAGGAACUUAAGCGGAAGAAGAGAAAGUGGGAGCAAAGGGUGGGCGAGUUGGAGGAGCAGCAGCAAAAGUGGAAAGAUCCCUACACGGUCAAUGCCAACCUUAGGCGCGGGUUUAGGAGCGAGAAACAUGCAACGACCGUACAGAUGCAGAAGGAUUGCGAGACGAGAGAUGCCAUCGGCUGGAAUCACGAUCGCUUGCUGCUGCCCACUUCGCCGGAGACCGAUGCGAAAGAUCGCCUGGCGUGGAGGGCGAAUCGCAAACCCAACACUUGCGUCGAGACAGCGUCGCCCGCACAGAGAUUGAAGAACACCAUCCUGGCCAACUCGAGGCGCAAAGCAGACGCCCAAAAGUCGUCCCGCAAGUAA